AUGAAGUUAAUUACCAUUGCUUUUAUCUCAACUAUAAUUUCCAUCUGUGCCGCCUCUCAAUUGGAUGAUUUUGAAUGUGCCAUUGGAGCUAACGGCAACUAUGAAUGUUCUGUCAAGCGUGAUGCCGUGACAACGUGGUCAACAGAAUGUACUCCCACAACAAUAGCUGGUACAGCCACAACAGAAUGCUGUUUAGUUCUAGCUGUUUCUUAUGCUGCCAGCACAGCAUCUGGAUGUGUGACUGAUAUAGAUUCAUCAUGCACAGUCUCCAUGAAAGCAAACGUGUUGGCAAUGAAGCAGUGCCCAACGACGGUUUGUACUACAGUUACCAGCAUAGAUUGUCCAGAAGUUGGCAGUACAUGGGUAUUCGAAGUAGUGGAGACUUUCGUUGGAGAAGAAGAAGACAUGAUAGCAACUACAUCCUCCAGCGAGGAAAUUCCAGAAUCAACUACAACCUCCAGCGAUGAAAUUCCAGAAUCAACUACAACCUCCAGCGAUGAAAUUCCAGAAUCAACUACAACCUCCAGCGAUGAAAUUCCAGAAUCAACUACAACCUCCAGCGAUGAAAUUCCAGAAUCAACUACAACCUCCAGCGAUGAAAUUCCAGAAUCAACUACAACCUCCAGCGAGGAAAUUCCAGCAGCAACUGUCGAAGAGCCUCCCUUAGUUUAUCUCCCUCCACCUCAAGAUGUUCUACCAGAAGUGGAAACAUCUACCUCCGAAGAACCAAUAGAAAAUAGUAUAGAGAUUCCUCCAUCAGUGGAAAUAAGUACGGUAGUAGUGCAAACUACAGAAGUAGUAACUAGUACCAUAAUGGAAGCAUUAGAAGUUGAAACACCAACACCACAAAUUGAAGUUGUGACAAUAGUAGAAACAGCCAAGACAACAACGGUCAUGACAGUAACCACAUGUGAACUAGAUGCAUGCACGACUGAGACAGUUACCACUGGUGUUUCUAUAGUUACCUUAACUACUGAUGAAACUGUUACAACUUAUACCACAUUCGUUGAAUUGACUUCAACACAAAUUCUGUACCAAACCAUCAAAGCAGUUGCUCUUGUUCAAGAAGAGGUGCUAAUAGUCCAAAGCGUGGUAUCAUCUGUUUCUAUUACUACUACAUCCACAUCUACAUCAACAUCAACAUCUACAUCGACAUCGACAUCUAUAUCUACUUCCUCGGAAGUAGUAACCAUCUCCAAAGCAAUCACCAAAACAACUCUAGAAACCGAAGAAACCACCGAGCAAGUUAUCGAAACAAUUGAGGAAGUAGAAACUAUUGAAGAAGUAGAAACCAUUGAAGAAGUGGAAACUAUAGAGGAAAGCACCGAAACCACAGAGCUUCUCGAAACCACCGAAGAACCCGUGACCACACUGGAAAUCAUUGAAACCACAGAAAUUCCUGAAAGCACCGAAGAAGAACUCCAAGAAACUCCAGAGCCCAUACCAGAAGUUGUACCCGAAGAGCCCGUUGACUUUAUUACACCACCUUCACCAGAAGCUCCAGUGCCAGAGACCCUAGUUCCAGAAGCCCCGGUACCAGAAGCUCCAAUACCAGAAGCUCCAAUUCCGGAAGCUGUACCUACCACGCUAAUUCUGUCAACAACAAUUCCAGAGAUUCCUCCCUCUGCUACACCAGUAGCCCCACCACAUCUUCCAAUCUACGAAGACAAGGCAACAAUUGCUUACUCCAAGCCAAAUAUGUGGUUGUUGGUAUUCAUCACAAUAGUUUUAAUAUAG